UUGAAGGUUUUACAGCCAAUUCACGACUUGUAUUGUAUUGGAACGCUGAAUGAAUAUCGCUUGGAACUAACUGCACUGGUCAUACACAAUAAGCACUAUAAAUUGUUUCGUUUCUGGUUCCGCAAUAUUGUCACCAUCCUGUUCCCAUUUUUCACCCUUAUGUUCCUCAACGCUCGGAUUGUGAAUGAGCUCAGGAAAGGUGUUGCCAGCGAAGAGCGCAAUUUGGCUCCAUCGAGCAGUGCUAAGGAAAGAAAGGCUCGAAUUCGGGCGGCAACGCGGACACUGGUGCUAGUUGUUUGCACUUACCUUCUGGCAAAUAUGCUCAAUGUUAUCAUAACUAUAUGGGAGCACAGCGAUGCUACGUCACUUUUCACCGGGUUAUUUUAUUCCUCACAUUCCAGCACAAUACUACUAGUUGGAACUUAG